AUGGUUAAUAGAGACCAGGACGCAGACGAAGUAAUUCAUAGGGUCAGGCGGGAAAACAUGAUGGAAAAUGACCUAACUAGUAUGAUAGAGAGAAUCAUGGCCCAGAAUGGUCUAAACACAGGACUUCGACAACCAAAUUAUUCUUCUCCUCUACCAGAAUAUAUCCUGCAAACAGAAUUACCAAGGGGUUGUAAAAUCCCUAAGUUCACCAAAUUCUCAGAAGAUACUAGUGAAUCCACUAUAGAGCAUAUAGCCAGAUACAUGACUGAGGCAGGGGAUUUGGCGAACAGUGAGAACUUGAGGAUGAAAUAUUUCCCUAGUUCUUUAACAAAGAACACCUUCACGUGGUUUACGACUUUGCCACCAAAUUCCAUAGAUGCUUGGCCCCAGUUAGAAAGAUUGUUUUAUGAACAAUUAUACAUGGGCCAAACUAAGAUAAGCCUUAAGGAAUUAGCCAACAUCAAGAGAAAAUUCACCGAACCUAUAAAUGAUUAUCUGAAUAGGUUCCGUUUGUUAAAGUCUAGAUGCUUUACAAUAGUGCCUGAACACGAGUUGGUCGAAAUGGGCGCGGGAGGUCUGGACUAUUCCAUCAGGAAAAGGGAUCUUAUUCAGAACGCAAUCAGAGAUGGCCGCCUCAAGUUCGCCAACAAAGGAAAAAACCAGAUGAAAGUUGACACUGAUCCCCUUAACAUUGCUGAGACCAACUAUGUUGAACCUGUCGAAAUCAACAUGGUUGACGUAAGGGAAGUGGAGGCUGUAAAAGAAACAGGAACUGGAAGCUACACAUUGGAUGGAAAGCAGGCAACUGAUGGCCUAAGUAACGACGUUUCCUUUGGAACUUCUGUCAAAGGCAAACAGGUUGCUAACGUCGAACCAAGGACCACUGAAGGUCUUAAAGGAUAA